CUCCAGUGCAGUCGGGUCCUCCAAUUGAACGUCCAAUCGCGGCGACGUCAAUUGAAAGCGCAACUCGACGGAGCAUCAACGACGACAACAACAACGACAACCGAGUUACCCCCCGUGUGACCGGACGAGACAAGAAGUCGGGUCAAAUAGUCCUGACGACAAGCCGAGCGGCCGGACUCCCCCCGCGGCGAUUCGAUAGCACGAGUAGUCCCGCCCAAAGAGACGAGGAAGAAAAAUCGACAAGAUGCCUCAGGAUAUGCCCCCCAUCGGGGGCUACGGCCCCGUGCAGUACAAGCGCAACCUGCCCGCCCCCGGACUGCGGCCCGGCACCUGGCUUCUCGGCAUGGGCGCGGUGUGCAUCUACGGAUUCUACAAGCUCGGCCAGGGCAUCAGCGAGCAGAAUGAGCUCGCCCGCGAGAAGAUGUGGUCCCGCAUCCACUUGAUCCCCAUGCUGCAGGCCGAGGAGGACCGCGACCUCGUGCGGAAACACUUGGCCGACCAGGCCCGCGAGAAGGAACUGCUCGGCGAGAACAUGCGCGUGUACAACUCUGACAGAUACGUGCGGCCAACAUAUGCCGUCACGCCCGCUAACCAGACCAAGUAAAAUGGCCAAGAGCGUCAGAGGGUUUCCUUGUGUGGCAGGCUGGGAUUCCUCAUUUUCCUUCUUGUCCCUGGGGCAGCGAGAGAGUACGCAAGCUCUGGGUUGUAGCUAGGACAGAACACCGAGAACGGGGAUUGAAUGUCAAUGUACAUAUGUUCCGCACUGGUUACCUGGUCGUGUCGUGUGUGUGUGUGUGUGUGUGUGUGUGUGUG